UUCGAUGUUAAAAGAGUAGGUUUGCAUGGAGAAAAAGGGGGUUCUCAUAUCUAAAAUUAAUAGUAAUAUAUGUAUGUAAGCAAUAUGAUAUUAGUGAAUUCCAAUUAUUCGUUGUAUUUUGAAUUGUAACUUUUCUUUUAGUUUGACCUGCCGUAAAUUGGGCAAUUCUGUAGGUAAUUCGUACGUUCGUCUUGACUUUGACGUUUAAGUGACAUAUUGGUGAGGUCUAAUAAAUGUGCCAUUUGUUUUAAUUGAAACUAUGAAAUGUUUAUUUAUUUAUAAGAGACUAUAUUAAAUAUUUAUUCAGAUAUUACAAUGUUCCCAGAUUUACGUCUCACAUGUUUUUAGCAAAAAUAAAUUCUGUGAUUUUCCAUAAAAAAAUGUGCUACCAUGGUUUUGAAUGCACGUGAAGACAUCCUACUAAUAUUGGAUAUAUGUGUGUAUGUUUGUUACCUUUUUCGCAAAAUCUACUGAACCGAUUGUUAUGAAAUUUGGCACACGUGUUUCAACCCGUUAUAUUCUUAUAACCUGAAAUAACACAUAGGUUACUUUUAUCCAGAAAUUUCCACAGGGGUGGUGGGGUGAUAAAAUUAUUUUCUCGAUUUUAUGGUUGAAAGUUACUCGACGAAUAAAAAUAAAAUCUUAGCCUCAUACUCAUUACAUUCCUUUUAUUUCAAUAUAUUUUUAACACUGGUGUACGCAAGGACCGCUUUGGGUUUUCCCAUGAAGCAUUAUUUCGUGUGACAAUUUUUUCUAAUGAUUAAGUUAGUUUUGUUUCAAAGAUUAUUCGACUCCCUCAAGGGCCAAAUAUUUGACGUCCUUUUUAAAUCUAUAUUUUUUCUACGAUUACUUAAAUAUUUUCACAAUGGAGAAACCCAAUGUACAAUGUCCGAUAUUUAUGAUUGUCGAUACCUCGAAUAUCAAAUAGCUCAUAGGAGCACGUAAUUCAUUUAUAUCUUCACGCUUUAUUCAGUUCUCAUUAUACUUUCAACCAGCAAUUAUUUUUAAAUUAACUGCAUACUUUAUGCAUCACUAUGAAAAACAAAAUCGAAUGUAUUCGACGAUAUUUUUGUUAGGAAUAUAUAUAGACAACGAAAGAGCCGCAGUUAUUGAGUAGUUCUGUAUACUAAUAAUGGUCUGUAAAGGUAUUCUAAUCACGACGAUUGCAUUAAUAACUGAAAUUUACUGUCCGAAAGAACUAACUACUGUAUUUUGUGGAAAUAUUAGACAAUGUUACAAAAAUAACGAACUUAAGGCUGGACUAGAGUAUUUGUUACCAUUUAUCAAUAUACUAAUUUAUAGCGGAAUAAAGAACAGCACCCAAUUCGAUAGUGACGUUAAAAUGUACAAAAAUCAUAAUAUACGAUUUAUGUUAGAAAGAUCAAAACAUCUGGGUUCGUGUAUAUUACAAGCUGAUUCUAGACGUGUCCCAAAAGGAAUUUACGGAAUAUUACCGAAAUUGUUAUUGAUGGACAAAUUGAAAUGGAUUAAAAAACCUAUUGGGGAUGGAAAACAGAGAUGGGUUCACAAACCAGGAGCGGCUGGCAAACCUAGAGAUGUAGGUAGACCAAAAGAGAAUGGUAAGCCGGUUGACGCAGGUAGACCAAAAGGCAACGGCAGACCUAAAGGGGAUGGCAUACCUAAGGGGGAUGGCAAUCCAAAAUGGGAUGGCAGACCAAGAGGUCGGCCUAAAGAAAAGAACAAACCAAGAGAAAAAGGUAAACCAGGCGGAAAAGAUAAACCAGAAGGGAAAGGAAAACCUGGUGGAAAAGGUAAACCAGGCAAAAAAGAUAAACCGGGCAAAAAAGAUAAACCGGGAGGAAAAGGCAAACCAGGCGGAAAAGGCAAACCAGGUGGAAAGGGUAGACCAGAGGAAAAAUUCAGACCCAGAGAAGAAAAAUACAUUGAUUACUACGAAGAAUACGGUCCAAUCGAAGGUGACGAUCUAAAAACUUCAACUGAAGAAGAGGAAACAAUAGAAAUCAUAUGGUAGAGUUCCUAAAUUAAGAUCUAAUGAACCAGUACGAUUUAUUGGAAACAGAUUUGCAAUAGGAGGUUCAAAUAGAUUCGAAGGACGAAAAAUGUGCACAGAAAAUCUUCGCAAAUGUGGCCAUAAUUAUUAUAUGAUGGAUGGAUGGGGAUGGUCAUGUUUAAAUUUGAAAUUAUAAAGGCUCCACACACGUUACAAAGUAACAUAUAUCACUCUCUAGAUCUAAGACUACCUCCACACCAGAUCAUCCUAAUCCAAUGCUCAGUUUUGACGUGAAAGAAGGACAAACAUACUUUAACAUUUAUAAUAUUGGUAUGUAUAUCGUAGCUAUAUUAAAAGAUAGAAUAAAUGUUUUUAAAAGCUUUUAUUUAACUUCACUUGUUUUACGUAAGGUAAUUAUGAUAAAAAUAUAACAUCAUUUAACGAAAUACACGUCAGGCGUGGAAAUGUUUUUCUUUCAAAUUCAAGUUCUUUACAUUC